GACGGAGGUCUCCUCAUCAACAACCCCACAGCGUUGGCUAUCCAUGAGUGCAAAUGCCUGUGGCCCAAUACGCCUGUCCAGUGUGUGGUGUCACUGGGUACGGGCCGCGUGGAGACUGCUGGCAAGAACAACACCACCUACACCAGCCUCAAGACCAAGCUAACCAACGUCAUCAGCUCUGCCACCGACACAGAGGGUAAGUCUGGGUGGGUCCAUGUACCCUUUGAUAUAAAUCCUAUAGUACAUCUCCACAUCACUUCAGCAAUACACCACCCGUGUAACUAUGUUCGAAUGAACACUGAUUCUCACCACAUGUUCCCAGUAAGGAUGAAAUGAAUGCAGUCUGUGGUUAGAGUAGAAUCGGUAUACCUACACAGCCCCUGCAUGACUUCAGAUCAACACAGCCUGUACACACCUCAUCUCUGUACACACCUCAUCUCUGUACACACCUCAUCUCUGUACACACCUCAUCUCUGUACACACCUCAUCUCUGUACACACCUCAUCUCUGUACACACCUCAUCUCUGUACACACCUCAUCUCUGUACACACCUCAUCUCUGUACACACCUCAUCUCUGUACACACCUCAUCUCUGUACACACCUCAUCUCUGUACACACCUCAUCUCUGUACACACCUCAUCUCUGUACACACCUCAUCUCUGUACACACCUCAUCUCUGUACACACCUCAUCUCUAUACACACCAACACAGCCUGAAAGCCACACUGUCUUACACGCUGAGAGGGGUGAGGUUGUCGCAGUGAGUGCCGUGGUGCUGGGGGAGAGUGUUUUUGAAGAGGAAAGAGGGUUUUAAUCUGCUGGUUAUAAAUAACCCCUCUGAUGAGAGGGGAGAGGGGUGUAGAGCAGGGAAGAUUCAUCCUAAACUACAGGAGCACCACACAGAGAGCCACAGCAGCACUCAUCUGGGUCACUACUACUACACCACUGAUACUACACAGAGGACAGCCAGUCACAGUGCUGCAACACAGAGGACGGCCAGAGUCACAGUGCUGCAACACAGAGGACAGCCAGUCACAGUGCUGCAACACAGAGGACGGCCAGUCACAGUGCUGCAACACAGAGGACGGCCAGUCACAGUGCUGCAACACAGAGGACGGCCAGUCACAGUGCUGCAACACAGAGGACGGCCAGAGUCACAGUGCUGCAACACAGAGGACGGCCAGAGUCACAGUGCUGCUACACAGAGGAAGGCCAGAGUCACAGUGCUGCUACACAGAGGACGGCCAGAGUCACAGUGCUGCAACACAGAGGACGGCCAGAGUCACAGUGCUGCAACACAGAGGACGGCCAGAGUCACAGUGCUGCAACACAGAGGACGGCCAGAGUCACAGUGCUGCAACACAGAGGACGGCCAGAGUCACAGUGAAUGCAGUUUUAGAUGAUCUCCCGAGUGGCGCAGUGAUCUAAGGCAUUGCAGUGCUAGCUGUGCCACUAGAGAUCCUGGUUCGAAUCCAGGCUCUGUCGUAGCCGGCCGCGACCGGGAGACCCAUGGGGCGGCGCACAAUUGGCCCAGCGUCGUCUAGGGUAGGGGAGGGAAUGGCCGGCAGGGGAUGUAGCUCAGUUGGUAGAGCAUGGUGUUUGCAACGCCAGGGUUGUGGGUUCGAUAAAAUAAUGUAUGCACUAACUGUAAGUCGCUCUGGAUAAGAGCGUCUCCUAAAUGACUAAAAUGUAAUGAUCUAUAUCUCUAGGGUGGAGUGUGUUUUUAUAAUGAGAUCAGUGAAAAAUGUAACACUAAAAAGCAGUCCCUCUUCCAUCAUCUGAGCGAGCUUGUGUUGAUAAUGAUAUUAUAUAGAGCAUUGGUUGGGACCCAGAAUCCACCACACACGGUCUCCAGAUAUGUCAUCUGAACGGUGUGUUGAAAAGAGUCAAACUCACUCAAUCAUUCAGUUAUUAUGUACUAUAAUGGAACAUGUCUUAUCUCCUGAACUGAGACUCACCUCACUCACGUCUCAGUGGGAACAUAACAGCUGCUGUAGUGUGAACUGCUUCAGGAUUGUUUGAACUAAAACCACUGACUUGAUGGGUUCUUACUGAGAAAAGUAGUGAGGCUUGAUGUGAUCGUUAGAUAUAGUGAUAAUUAGUCUCCAGGUGUGUAGUUUGACGAUAGUGUUGUAGUUCUAAUAGAAGCAGUGUUUUAGCUCCUGAACUAACACCAACCUCAACCUCACUCCCAUUUCUCUGAGAACGUUGAUACUUGUUGAACAAGCCCCUUCAGGCACAUCUAGACUAUGUCAGCUGCUGUUUCCUGUUGAACAAGCCCCUUCAGGCACAUCUAGACUAUGUCAGCUGCUGUUUCCUGUUGAACAAGCCCCUUCAGGCACAUCUAGACUAUGUCAGCUGCUGUUUCCUGUUGAACAAGCCCCUUCAGGCACAUCUAGACUAUGUCAGCUGCAAUUUCCUAUUGUUUCUACCUCUAGACACAGGUGUGUGUGUGUGUGUGUGGUGUGAGAGCUCAAACAUUCCCACUCCUAAAUGUUAGUCCAUCUGAAAGCAUGCAGUCCUGUCAUAUUGCUUCCAGAAUGGUUCUGACUAGCUUUGCCCUCAUGACUCUCUCUCAAACUUCAGACUGUUUACACACCUUUACUUUUAUGUGUUUAUUUCUGUGUGUGUCUUGGGAUAUUCCAUUGUGGCCCACAAUUUAUCUUAACGUUUUUGGGAUUUUUAAGAUAUUUGGCAUAUAUUUGACUUUUUUAUUAUUUAAAAAUAGUUAUUCAAAGUUGAUGUAUUUGUGACAUUUUGACCUGUUAGUGUUUUCCUGUUUUUGUGUAACCUUCCCAACCCCCUCCGUAUUCUCCCAAUCAGAAGUCCACAUCAUGCUGGAUGCCCUCCUUCCCCCUGACUCGUACUUCCGCUUCAACCCCUAUAUGAACGAGGACAUUGCCCUGGACGAGAGCCGUGGUGAGAAGCUGAACCUGCUGCAGGCCGAGGGGCUCCGCUACCUGGACAGGAACCAGGAGAAGCUGCAGAAAGCUGCCCGGAUACUCACCAGGGACAAGACCGCCGUCCAGAGGCUGGCAGAGUGGGCCAAGCUCAAACAUGACAUGUACGAUGGUAUUCCCAUCUUCAACUCCAAGCUGUAG